AUGGUGUCGCCGCCGCCCGGGCUCCCAGCGAGCAGCCUGCUGCAGGUUCUGCUCCUGGGGCUGAGCGCCUUGGCGCCCGCCUCCGGAGCCCAGUUCCAGCUGCACGUGCCCUCGGGGCUAGACCAGGUGCUCGCCGUGGAGGGCGAGGAGGUGGUGCUGCCCGCCUGGUACACCUUCCAGGGCGAGGCGGCCACGGCCCGGCCCUGGGAGACCCUCACCCUGAUGUGGUUCCUGGAGCAGGAAGGGGAGGACCUGAAGCAGGUGCUGGCGCACAUCAAUGGGGCCACCAGCAGCCAGGAUGGAGCGUCCCUGGUGUACCCCAUGCCCUCCCGGAACGUGUCCCUGCGGCUGCAGCGCCUCCGGGAGAAAGACUCCGGGUCCUACCGCUGCUCUGUGAACGUGCAGGACAAGCAAGGCACCAGCAGGGGCCACAGCAGCAAAACGUUAAAGCUGGACGUGUGGGUUCCUCCAGCUCCUCCAUCCUGCCAUCUCCUGGGCACGCCCCGUGUGGGGACCAACGUGACCUUGAGCUGCAAGUCCCCUAGGAGUAAGCCUGCUGCCCUGUACCAGUGGGAGCGGUCACACCCGUCUGUUGAGGUUUUCUUUGCACCAGUUUUAGAUGCCAUAUCUGGCUUCCUCAGCCUCCGAAACCUUUCCAGCUCUAUGUCCGGAGUCUACGUCUGCAAGGCCACCAACAAGGUGGGCAGUGCCAGCUGCAACGUGACCCUGGAAGUGAGCUCAGGGCCUGGGGCUGCCGUGGUCGCUGGAGCUGUCGUGGGCACCCUGGUUGGCUUGGGGCUGCUAGUGGGACUGGUCCUCUUGUACCAACGCCAGGGCAAGGCCCCAGAGGAGGUGGCCAAUGACAUCAAGGAGGAUGCUGCUGCGCCUCGGACCCUGCCCUGGCCCAAGGGCUCAGACACCAUCUCCAAGAACGGGACCCUGUCCUCCGUCACCUCGUCACCAGCCCUCAGACCGCCCCACCGCCCUUCCCGGCUCGGUGCCCCCACCGCCUCGACCCCCACGACCCCCACGCGCAGCCACGGCUGGGUCUCGCCCUCUGCCCUGAGUCGCAAGGGCGCUGUCCCCGUGAUGGUGCCCGCCCAGAACCAGGCUGGGUCUCUGGUGUGA